AUGUUCCUCACCUGCAUUUCUGCUCUCGCGCCCGACAAGCUCGCCACUCUCUGCAGCUUCGUCUCCCCAUCUGUGUACGAAUACAUAGCCGACUGUGUAACGUACGAUGCCGCCAUCCUGGUUCUGCAAGACUUGUACAUAAAGCCGAAGAACGAAGUGUUCUCCCGUCAUCUACUAGCUACCAGGAGGCAACACUCGGGCGAGAGUUUGGACGAAUAUUUACAGGAACUUCGUCGGGUCAGCAAAGACUGCAACUUCAAAGUUGUCACAGCAACGGCGAACAGAGACGAGUAUAUCCGCGACGCUUUUAUCAACGGUCUACUAUCUUCUAUGAUCAGACAGCGACUCUUAGAAAGCAAGACUCUCGAUUUGGCUACUGCGUUCGACCAGGCUCGCGCGCUCGAUCUGGCUCAAAUAAACUCCGAGUCCUAUCUUCGUCUUAGGCUCGUAUGA